AUCUUACAAGCGACUAGCUCCUAGAAUUCCCCUUGAUUAUUCCACCGGCCAGAAUAAUUCAGGCACUGAACAGGUGAACGCGCUCUUGUAAGCCAUGAACAGAUUUAAUUUACUUGUGAUCAACAGCGCACUUGCCAUCUUCAUGCACGUAGUAACAGGAAGAUACUACGACACUUCACGCGGAAGGCGCCUGAAAACAGAACAGUGUUACCACACGAAAUUUCCUCAGCUUGACGCAGGGAAGGUAAUUAUCGAUACAGAUGCCGGUGCUGACGACGCUGCUGCCAUCUUCAUGGCGAUAAAUAAGGAAAAGGACAAUUCGAGUUUCAAGGUCAUAGCGAUCACCUGUGUCCACGGCAACACAGCCGUCGACAAUGUUGUCGUCAAUGUCUUUAAGAUACUCCAAACCGUCGGCCGUCUUGACAUUCCGGUGUACCGCGGAGCCUCAAAAUCGUUCAUCUGGACACCCCCAUCAGAUAAUUACUUCGGCGAAGAUGGUUUUGGAGAUUUCGAAUUCCCAAAUCCACCAAAUUCUAGCGAUCUUCUACAAAAUGAGCACGCCGUUAACUCUCUAAUACAAAUUGUAACUCAGAAUCCAGGAGAAGUGACCCUUCUGUGUUUAGGUCCUCUGACUAACGUCGCUCUAGCAGUGAGAAUGGAUCCGACGUUUCUAACGAAACUAAAACACUUGGUGGUUUUGGGCGGCAGCACUGAAGGUGUAGGUAAUAUUAAGCCAGGAAUAGAAUUCAACUUUUACGUGGACCCAGAAGCGGCGUUCAUCGUAUUCAACUCUAGUGACACGAGCACCGGGCACAUACGACCCAUUACAUUAGUGCCAUAUGAUUCAGUGUCCGAGAGAAACAUCGUAACCAUGGUGAGACGUUCGAAGACUUAUCUAAUGGUUUGUGGUAGCAGGAGCCGCAGUGUUAACAUAAUUAUGCAGCCUAUCAACCUGAAAUUUUCACAAACUUCACUGCUUACAUUUCCAAUGCAGCGACCAAAAUCUUAUUUCCACACAGAUAGCUAAAUAACUGCAAGCAGUGACCACAAUUUCCUGCUACGGUUUACAAGUUUUUGUAUGUCUGAC